AUGACGACGAACGAACAAAUCCCAGUGGAUCAGGCAUUUUAUCAUGGAUUGUUUUCGCAGAGUGAUACGGAAUCUCGUGCAUCGACUGUUCCCCUAGAUGAAACCUCAUCCUGCGAGAAUGCCAACACCAUCGCUGAGCCAGAUUACCGUGAGAACGACCAAGGAGUGCGUGUAUCUUCGCGUUCACUACGUGAAGUUACCAAGCGUGAUUAUACUUACGAAGAUUACCAAAAACAAAUGGAUGCUGCCACUGCCACUGUCACUCCAUGCAAGUCGAGAAGAAGAAAGACUGGAAUAGGCAAAAGGACAAGAGAACCCGCAGAUUUGGGCUCCAUGCUUGAUGAAUUCUCCCACAAGGUUCGACGUCAUGGUCAAUCAUGGACAGAUGAAAUCCGAAAACUUCGAGAAGAGCUCGAGAUUUUACACGACCGGAACAACCGUCUUCAAGACGAGAUUACAACCGCAAAUGGCGAGAAAGACCGCCUCCGAGAGGAGCUCAUCAUGUCGAAUCAGGAGAGGGAUCGUCUCCGAGAUGAGUCCACAAUCUCAAACCAGCAGAACGACGAGAAAAUCCGUGAUUUACAGCGGGUUGUCGACGAACGGACUAAUUUCACCCCCCUUGCCUGUCAGGGCUGCGGUGAAGGAAAAAAAUACUGGCGUAUAUUGGGAUGUGGUCAUGCGUUCUGUACUGGAUGUAUAAGCGAACUCAAUACGAAAGAGCCGCUGUUCAAUUCUUGCUGUCCCUGCUGUCAAGAGCCAAUCCAAAUCUGCAUCAACUUUGAUCCAAAAGCUUUGUAG